GUCACGUUUCGCGUCCAGCAGAGCGCAAAACAGCCGGCUCGUCUUUUGGCCUCUGUCGCUGCAUCAAGCUGUCGCUGUCGAACAUCCAGACCAAGCCCAUCUCCCGUCCACCGAUCGUCAUGGCAUCGUCGGCCGCUAGACUUGCCUCGCGCUCGGUCGCCAUCCCUGUCUCGGCUCUGCUCGUCGGAUCGGCAUCCCUCUACGCCCUGUACCCCUCCGCAGGAAUCUAUGCCGAGUCCUCCGCCACCUCGGCCCCCGCCGAUUCUCCUUCGAGUGCCUCGUUUGUUCCUGCGAAAAAAGUGCUCUCCAUAUACGAUGAGCCUGAGGCUCGAUACGAAAUCGUGGAUGAACCCACGUCGAUCGAGCUCUCCAUUCGCGAGGCUCGCUUCUUUGUCACGGACCAAUUCAAGACAUCCCGCGCAGCUAUCCAGACGGGCGUUGAUGAGUGGAUCCAGGUUGAGCGAUCUGUGAGAAACAAUCUGGCCACCUUUGUGCAUCCGGACGAAAAGUUUCUUCCUGGUGCUCUCUACGUGACUAUAUCGACAUUCGCGGGAUCGAUCAUCGCCAACAAGAGAUCUCUCGGCGUUCGCAUCGCCGCGCCCCUUGCUUUGGCAGCCGGAUCGUUCGUCUACUGGUAUCCCUUGACGACACGCAACAUUUUCGCCAAGGGCGGCAUCCAGCUUCCCAACAUUUCUCUAUCCAAGACAACGGAGCAGUUCUCACAAUCCCUGUCGAACGCCUACGAAUGGCUCGGCAUUGGAAAGGACAAGUGAUAGAGCACCUUUGUUGCAGAAUUGUGUGUGGAGGGUAGUCGCACUCCAGCUCCCAUGGCGAUCCUUCGCUCGGGUGUUCAAGAUAUCGUCUAUCAAAGCGAAAGCAAGACAGCUCGUCAGCUUUGCAAGUGUGAGAUCUGUGUGGUAUGCCAUGCCGGAUAUCCGUACUGCCGGCUGCAUCCUUGCAAUGGGCAAUAGAAUAUUACACCGGCGGCAACGGCUAUCGCUACGCAAGAGCAGUCAGGCUGUAUCGACUGGUGUGAACUGGUGUCGCUCGGCUUCCAAACAACUGCAUCAAUGGCGAAAUCGCCAAAACUGUAUUGUCGAC